AUGGUCGCGAAUGACGACCCAAAGUCGAAAGACAAGUCCAAGGCCAACGACGAUGUCGACCGAGAGCCCGUCGUCGACUUUCAAGCUCUGCCGCCCGAGGUGGUCCACUCGUACGUUUCCUUCUUCGACCUAGCAAAGUCCUAUCCACCACAAGACUCGUCGCAGUCUGGCGCAGAAUCGUCCAGCAAUGGCCGAAAGCGAAAGGGGCGAGCAUCGCCACCUCCAGCGCUGGGAUCCAGCAGGAAACGCUAUCCGAAUGACGCAACUGCUGCCGACAUCGCAGCGACAUCCGGACCAGGAGCAUCCAAGGCCUUUGACGACGAGCCCGCUUGCCCGCCGCACUUCUUCGAUGCAGACGCGGCAGGCAACUACCUCAGCCAGGUCGCCACACAGCACUUUGCAUCGCAGCCCGCGCCAAAGGAAGGAGAAGUGGUGGUGGGGUUCCUGUACAAGUGUCGCGCCAAGGGCGAGCUGAGCCGCCCUCUGGCACACUAUCGCCUCACCGAGGCCGCCUCGGACAAAUCACCCGCAGCCGAGGCAAUGGCGCAGCGUUCCAGAUGA